UGACAGGAAGUAGGAAGUGGGGCUAAGAUGACAGUCGGAGGUCAGGGGUGAGAGUGCCAAGAUGGCGGCCAACAUGACGAGGAGUAGAGCAUGGCGGGGGAUCCAGAGAUAUGGGCUGCCGGCCUACAGGAGGUACAGUAGUGGUGGAUCCUAUCCCAGCAUUCCCCUCACCGCUCCCUUACCUGGCGUACCCAAGCCGGUCUUCGCAACAGUGGAUGGGCAGGAAAAGUGUGAAACAAAUAUAACCACUCUGGACAAUGGGCUUCGCGUGGCUUCACAAAACAAAUUUGGACAGUUUUGUACUGUUGGGCUUCUAAUAAAUUCAGGCUCCAGGUAUGAGACCAAAUAUUUAAGUGGCAUCUCUCACUUUCUGGAGAAACUUGCCUUCUCUUCUACAGCCCAGUUCAGCAGUAAAGAUGAGAUCCUUCUUACUCUGGAAAAACAUGGCGGUAUAUGUGACUGUCAGACAUCCAGGGACACUACUAUGUAUGCAGUUUCUGCAGAUGUCAAGGGCCUGGACACGGUGGUCAGUCUGCUGUCAGAGGUUGUUCUGCAGCCAAAGCUGUCUGAUAAGGAACUGGAGAUGACGAGAAUGGCGGUGCGAUUUGAGUUAGAGGACCUCAAUAUGAGGCCAGACCCGGAGCCUUUGCUGACUGAGAUGAUUCAUGCGGCAGCCUUCAGAGACAACACAGUGGGUCUCCCUCGUUCCUGCCCUGUGGAGAACAUUGACAAGAUAGAUCGGAAGACACUACAUGCCUACAUGCACAAUUACUACACCCCGGAGAGGAUGGUGCUGGCAGGAGUGGGCAUAGAACAUGAACAGUUGCUGGAAUGUGCCAAUAAAUACCUGCAAGGAAUGGAGCCUGUUUGGGCAUCUGGCAAACCCCGCAGUGUGGACCGCUCCAUAGCCCAGUAUACCGGAGGGAUUGUCAAGGUGGAGAAAGACAUGUCGGACGUGAGUCUGGGCCCCACCCCAAUCCCUAACCUGACGCACAUUAUGAUUGGCCUGGAGAGCUGCUCCUUUCUGGAAGAUGACUUUAUCCCAUUUGCAGUGUUGAACAUGAUGAUGGGAGGUGGCGGUUCAUUCUCAGCUGGUGGACCAGGGAAAGGAAUGUUCACCAGACUCUACCUCAAUGUCCUCAACAGGCACCACUGGAUGUACAACGCCACAGCUUACCACCACAGCUAUGAGGAUACUGGACUUCUGUGUAUUCACGCCAGCGCAAACCCCCGCCAGGUGAGAGAGAUGGUUGAGAUUAUCACUCAGGAGUUCGCACUGAUGGCAGGAUCUGUAGGGGAGGUGGAGCUGGAACGAGCAAAGACGCAGCUGAAAUCGAUGCUGAUGAUGAACCUGGAAUCUCGACCUGUGAUUUUCGAGGAUGUUGGGAGACAAGUGUUGGCAACUGGCACCCGGAAACUCCCCCAUGAACUGUGUAGCCUUAUUAGCAACAUUAAAGCAAGUGACAUCAAAAGAGUAGCAACAAAGAUGCUGAGGAAUAAGCCUGCGGUGGCUGCAUUAGGUAACCUAUCAGAGUUACCAGACUAUGAUCAGAUCCAGACCGCGCUCUCCAGUAAAGAUGGACGCCUUCCACGGUCAUAUCGCCUGUUCCGAUAGAUUCACUGAACUUAGCUGACCACUGAGUCUCUACUGUGAUUUCUUAAGAGAUGCCACAGGAGGACAGUUUGUGCUACACUGUAUAUUCUGUUUAUGGAUGAUUUACAUAGAAAGCAUCACAGCUGUGAUCAACGAAAUCCACAUUUUUCAUGUCCAGAUCUGCCGCUACUGGUGAAGGUGUACCCAAAAGACACAGCAAUGUGUAGUAAUAUCAGUGUUCAGGCUAUGGAAAGAUUGCAUUCUCCUCUUCAAUGGUUCGGUAUAAAAAUGAUCUGCCUGUUAAAAGGACUGCAUUAGUUCCUGUGUCAUUGUGUGAAUGACAGAUUAUUAUUUUUUUUGUGAUGGCACUGGACCAGUUUAUCAAGCACCAGCGCUGUCCUAUAUGAGGAAUUAUGUAUUUCUUUGUUUCUAACGAGAGUCACAGGGGAGUGAAGGUAAUGCGAGUUUGUACAGCUGCUGGGCAAAGAGGGCAGUUGAGCGAAUAUUUUAAUUUGCCCAGCUUAGGUUCACCCUAAUAUUGUAUUUGCUGCAGUAUUGAGCAAAAAUAAAUAUUUCCCCAUCAGGCUGAGCACAAAAAAAUUCAUCUGCAGAUUAAGCCAUUGUGAGAUGGUAAAUACCCCCUUCAUGUGAAGAAAUUUGUAUUGUUGGAUUAAAUGUGAAAAACAAACAACUAAAUUAUUUGAUACAUUUCCUAUUGUUAA